UACAACCCCUUGCUCAAGACCUACAUCUGCCCGGGUCGAUGAUUUUUUAAUUACGCAUGCGUGCCGUGGACAUCGAAUCAGUAUUCCUCUUCAGACCCUGACCAGACCGGAGCCUUCCGAUGAAUUAGAAAGAUCGCCUGACUGGAUCGCGCUUUCUUCAAAAUUAGAACAGUUCGUGUUAACGACCGGGCUCAGGUUAUGCAAAUAAGAUGAUGAUACUUUGAUACUCCUGGGCGGAGGAGCUCCACAUAUUCAAAGGUUUCGCGCGGUUCCAUACGGAGUGGCGGAGACCCUUUAAAUCUGCCGACUCAUCCCGGACUUCAGUAGUGAUCCAGGGUUUUGCGAAACUGGCAGCCAGUCAGUUCUGGUGGUCUUCCGAUGGUAUUGAGACGAUGUUUGGUGGUAGUUCUGGGAUUGGUCGUCUUUGAGGGAUACGAUUUUGCCCCAGGAGAGCAGUGUACUUCUUUGGAAGGAAUCCCGGGUCGAUGUAUCAAGCUGUCGAGAUGUGAGACUCUUUCGGAUAUUUACGAUACUCGAGUGCUUUCGAUUCGUCAGAGUGAGCGAUUGGCAGAUAGCCUUUGUGGCGCCUACCGAAGAAAUCCGUUCGUUUGCUGCUUGGAUCGAUACUCCUACGACGUGCUUCCCGAGGCUAUUUUGCAACAAUAUCUGGCAAACCAAGUGGAUUUGGAGACGGAAACCCCACUCAACCAUGCAGAACAUACAUCUUCAACCGAGCAGCUUACUGUCCUCCUUGGGGAUAGUAAUUCAAGCAUUGAAUCGAAUUCGAUUAAUUUUCAACCAGAUGAACCAGCUCCUUCGUACCAUCGAUUUCGUCCUCAACAAAUUUCAGGGCUAUCUGGUUCUAUAACGCCCAAUUCCGCAUCGCCACGAGUUCCAGAGAGUCAGCAAGUUAAGCUGGACGAGUUCCCAUGGUCAGCGCUGAUCCAGUACCGGAAGUCGUACGGAAUUCUUGGAUUUCACUGCGGAGGAUGCUUGAUCAGCGAGCGGUACGUACUGACGGCGGCGCACUGUAUCAACGCAAUACCCAACACCUGGAAGGUGCAUCGCGUUCGGUUGGGUGAAUAUGACCUUAAAAAUUCAGGAAUGGAUUGUGUUGGGUACACGUGUGCGGACAUCCCAAUGGACGUGGACAUUGAUCGGAUUGUAGUGCACCAGCAGUACGCAACUCGCCAGAUGAGUCAGUACAACGAUAUUGCGUUGAUUCGAUUAGCGGUCGAUGUUCCAGUGACCAACUUCGUUCAACCAAUUCUGCUAGCCGAUGAGGCGGUAGAAAGCAGCUUGGGUGAUCGCUCCACGAAGCUCGUUUCAGCUGGCUGGGGCAAAACCAAAACCGCGAGUGCUACCAGCGUCAAGGCGAAGGUCUUGCUCAACCUGGACGACUCCAACGAUUGCAACCACGCGUACACAGUGUCCGGGAUUAAGGUGCGGGAUGGGCAAAUUUGUGCGAGCGAGGCGCGUGGGACCGGUGUUUGCAGCUGUGAUUCCGGGGGACCGUUGAUGGUGCACCAGAAUGGGCGGUACUAUCUGAUAGGGAUCGGAAGCUUUGGUCCGGCCAAGUGUGGUCUGCGAGCCGUACCUGGGAUAUACACCCGGGUGGUCAAGUAUGCAGAUUGGAUUGAUAGCAAUAUGAACCUGACUUAGUGAGGCUAAUAUGAGAGAAAAAAGGUGCAAUAUUUAUUGUUAC